CAGAACAGAAACCCAGAAAUGUCCAGAAACCUUUGAAAUCCAAAGGUGAUCCACAGCCUUUGUUUAUGUCCACAGCAAUCCCAAAUUCCAAACCAAGAUAAUAGAGUAAUUAAUCCAACGUUGAAAUCAUCAAAUGAGUGGUGGAAAAUCUAUUAUUAGUCAACCCAUCUGAGAUAGCAAAUAUAAUCUUGAUUUGUAUGUGAUCUGUGAUCUUGAUUCUACCAUCAAAAUCCCCAUAAUGGUUUAGAGGUAUUUGUAUUUAAAACCAGAAAACACAAAAAUGGAUUUUAGUAGUGUAAAAUCUGAGUUAGUGGAGGAAUAUCAACAUGCGAUAAAUGGCCAACAAAUUGAAUUUAUUGAUAAUGAAAGAAAUAACGAAAGUCAAAAUUAUCAGUGUGAGGAUUGUUUGGAGGAGUUUCAGGCAAUAGAGUUAUACGAGAUGCACAAAAAUAUACACAGGCCUGUUGAAAAAUGUCCUACUUGUAACCGUAGUUAUAAACUAAUAAAUAGGUUUCAAGAGCAUAUUGAAUCGCACCUAAACAAUUAUUUAAAGUGUACUUUUUGCCCCAAAAUUUUAUUCAUGAAGAAGGUUUACACGAAACAUAUCUCAUGGCAUAAAAAAUUUGAGAAACAUUAUGAGUGUUCAUUUUGUAACAAGGCUUUUUCUCUUCAAAAACAACUUACUAUUCAUGAAAGAGUGCAUACCAAUGAAAGACCUUUUGUAUGUAACAUAUGUAAUAAGACUUUUAAACAGAACGGUAGUUUACAUAGUCAUAUGAACACCCACAUGGAAGAAAAGAAGUAUAUAUGUCAUAUAUGCCAAGGAAGAUUUGCGACAUCUUCAAGUGUAAACAGGCAUGUAAAGAGAGUUCAUGAAAAUGGUGUUAGUUUUUCAUGCAGAUUAUGUGAACUUGAGUUCUACAAUAAAUUCAGUUAUUAUGAGCAUCGAAAAGAACAACAUCCAAAUUUAAAUAACUACUUCAGAACAUGUCCAGUGUGUUCAGAGCAAUUUAAUACAAAGAGAAGUUAUUUAAAACAUAAAAAAAUGCAUGAAAGCAGAGGAGAAAUACAUGUUGUUCGUGCAGUCAGAAUAUCAAGAAAUAAAAAAAAGAGCGAUAAAAACUUUAGGAAAUGUGUAUUAUGUGGUAUAUUGGUGGAUUACAAAUCUUAUUAUUUCCAUCUUAAUAAGCACUUACAUAUGACAGAUGAUGAGGUCAAAAAUUGUGAAAGGAUUUCUUUGUUUCCUUGUAAAGAAUGUGAAUAUGUAUUUCCUUCUAGGGAAAAAGCUAUUAGACAUAUGGAAAUACAUUUAGAGAAAUCUUUUGUGUGUGAAAAGAAAGAUUGUGACAUUAAAACAGCUAUGACUUAUAUGUCAUAUACCGUGCACAACAGCAAAUUCCAUGAAAAGUUUAUAUGCCAGUUGUGCAAAGUUAUAUUUGUUGGUUAUGCAAAGUAUAAAAAGCACAGAGUAUCUUCUUGUAAGACGAAGAAAAAAAAAGAAGUGUUUGUAUGCAAGUGGUGUAAGUUGAAUUUCACUAGUAGCCAAAGGUUAUUAACACAUUACUGCCACUAUAAAAAAUGUUACUCUGCAUACCAAUGUUCAGCUUGUUGUAAAUCAUUCUCUUUGCUCAUUAGUUUGAAAAAACACAUUUUAUUGUCUCAUAAGAGCAAAAAAGUGUCCAAUCAUGUAGAAAGAGGUAAAUUUAAGUGUAAACAUUGUGGCGAUUUGUUUGAUUCUUCAAACCAGUUAAUAAGGCACGAAAGAAGAUGUUUGUCUUAUAUGCAAUGUGAAAAGUGUAAUAAAAAUUUCGCACUUCUCAAGUCUUACAUCCUUCAUGUAGAAAAUGAAAUGUGUUCAGUUGAUCCAAAUAAACUCUUUUGUACUCCCUGUAACAGAAAACUAGGCACUGUAGAAGCAUUUAAAAAGCAUAUGAAAAAUGUCCAUGCUGAGUCUGGUCUUCAGUGCAGGUACUGUAAUCAAACAUUUAAAAAUAAUGAAAGUUUACGCCAACACAUGAUACGCAAACAUCCAAACAAUGAAAAAUACUUUUGUAAAUUUUGCAAGCUGGGUUUUGUCAAGUUUCAGCAACUGUUGUUCCAUAGGAAGUCUCAUUUAAGUAAAAAAAAUGCUAGGGUUGAACAAAUAGCUAAGGUUCAAGAUACUUCUUAAGGAUAUUUUGGUAAAAGUAAAGAAUAUGACAGAGUAAAUUAAUUUUUUUUUGAG